AUGGUCCGUCAGAAAUUUGUGCGUUGUUUAAAUGCAGUCAUCAUCAUUUCAUUUGUAGGGUUUUUGAUGGUCUAUUUACAAAGUCCAUAUCUAAGUGCUAAUGAAAAAUUUGAACGUUCACUGUACGAUGCUCCAGAAAAAGAAUCACUGCUAGUCCCUGAACAAGAUGAUCAGGAACUUGAGUUGGGAUGGACAUUUCGAACUACACCGUUACCUUUAAGCAAAGAGGAAAUUGUCCGUUCGAUUGAGUUUCUUAAUGCGAAUUAUGAGAUUCUGAAUACUGAUAAGUAUGGUCAGUUGCAAAAUGUGGAGAUUGUACUAGUUGUUCAAGUCCAUAAUCGUAUCGAAUAUUUAAAAGAGUUAAUUUCUACCCUCAGAAAUGCUCGAUAUAUUGAAACUACGUUGCUGAUUUUUAGUCAUGAUUAUUCGUCAGCAGCUAUAAACAAACUGAUUAAAGGGAUAGAUUUCUGUUUAGUUAUGCAAAUAUUCUAUCCAUACAAUAUUCAAUUGUUUCCAGAUGUUUUCCCUGGGCAGGAUCCUUUGGAUUGUCCAGAAAAAGCAACUAAGCAAGAAGCUGCUCUUCUGAAAUGUAAUAAUUGGAAAAAUCCGGAUAAAUAUGGACAUUUUCGUGUUGCAAGGUUGACACAAAUCAAACAUCAUUGGUGGUGGAAGAUGAAUUACGUAUUCGAAGGGAUAUUGAAACAGUAUGCUUUGACAAAGGUAUGGGUAAUAUUACUGGAGGAGGAUCACUAUGUUUCGUCAGAUUUCUUGCAUGUUAUGCGUCUGAUUGUAGACAAUAAAUCGAAUUUUUGCGAGGAAUGUCAAGUGAUAAGUCUUGGAUUAUAUCUCAAACAGUACAGUAAUUUUAAAACCGAUUUGAAUCGGCUGGGUAUUCAUCCAUGGUUCAGUUCAAAACAUAAUAUGGGAAUGGCUAUUAACGCGGAUACGUGGGCACUCAUCAAAAAUUGCACGGAAUUGUUCUGUAGGUACGAUGACUACAAUUGGGAUUGGUCUCUAUUACGUGUUAGCAUGAAAUGCUUGCCGUCAAGAUUGAAGGUCAUUGUUGUUAAAGCUCCUCGUGUUAUACACAUUGGUGAUUGCGGCGUACACACUCAUCGCUGUGCCGUUCAUAAUGCUGCUGCAAUGGCUGCGGAACUUUUUAGUAGCUUAGCGGACUCUUUGUUCCCGAAAAAGAUGAUAGUGGCAGAGAAUCUGAAGCGAACAUUAAAACCUUCGAGGGAGAACGGUGGUUGGGGCGAUAUACGCGAUCAUGAACUAUGUCUCAAUAAUUCACAUGUGCCUAAUCUUGCUGCUUACGAUUUUUAUUUGAAUACUCUAACUGGCAAUUAUACACAUAUCAGCCACCCUCUCAUUUUUCCUGUGUAA